UUAUUAUGGCCGUUCAACAAUCCCUAUAAUUACUCUAUAGAUUUUGUCCAUCUUGAGAGCAGUGAAAACUCAUCUAAAGACAUUUGUAUUUGAGGGCACUACUCUGAACCUGCGUCCAUCGUGCUUUGUCUGCAUCACCAUGAACCAUAAACCCAGGUUAUGCUGGCUGCUCUGAACUACCAGACAAUCUAAAGGUAACUAUUGGUACUUUCUAUUUAGCCUCUAUGCAUUUCAAUAUUUCUCUCUGUAGGUGUUGUUUCGUACAGUGGCCAUGAUGGUGCCAGACUAUGCCAUGAUUGGAGAGAUCUCUCUCUACUCUUAUGGUUUUGUGGAUGCUCGUAAUCUGGCCGUCAAGAUUGUCAUGACCUAUGGACUGUUUUCAGAGCAACUCUCCAGCCAACUCCAUUCUGACUAUGGUGGGUACAACCCACUGUACUGUAUACUCGACCUACUCACUAUUGUACACUGUAGGCAUGCGUGCAGUCCAGUCAGUGUUGGUGGCAGCCGGUCAUCUGAAACUGAAGUACCCUAACGAACAUGAAGACGUGUUACUGCUCAGAUCCAUCAUGGACGUCAACCUACCCAAGGCAAGACCAAGGUCCUAGAGGUACAUGUACUAGCUGACACACUCACACUAAUCAAUGAGAGGGGACAUAUGGAAGAGAACAAGACAGGCUAUAGAGUCAUCAACCCCAAGGCUGUCACUAAGGGUCAACUGUUUGGUCAGUUUGACCCUGUGUCACACGAGUGGACUGACGGUGUGGUAGCCAACACAUUCAGGGAGUUUGCACCUGCACAAAAUGAUGACCGUAAGUGGGUGGUGUUUGAUGGUCCUAUAGACACUCUGUGGAUGGAGUCCAUGAACACUGUACUGGAUAACAACAAGAAGCUGUGUCUCAUGUCGGGGGAGAUCAUUCAAAUGAGCAACUGUAUGAACCUCAUCUUUGAAGCAGAUGAUCUGUCACAAGCCUCGGAUAGUGAGGAGGACCGGAGCUGAUACAAGAGAGCUCUUGUCUGGCAGGACAGACCCAACAGCUGCAGGCAGGACUACAGGUACAGUGAGUGCUACCAUAGAUUGAAUAGGGAGAGGGAUUGGAAACGGAAGUUCCUUGAAUUAUAUCCGCAUUACGCCGGGGUAUAAUCGAGGCUGUGUAUCUAACGUUAGUAAAAUCUAAGCUAGAUAGUACCUUCGACUGUCUGCUACUACAUUUGUACUAAAACUUGCACUUCCAACUGACACUUGAGACCAUAUGGGGUGGGACACGUACACCGAUGAGUUGCACAGUCUUAGAAGCAUUCUAGGUACAUAAAGAUUUCAUAGCGUGACAAAGAACAUUUUGUACCUCUAGCUAUCUUCACAAAAGUCAAAAAUGUAUUUUUCUUUUCCAACUGAUGCUCAUCAUUAGUGGGCAUGAGAAUGACGUUUUAGGGAGGCUCUGAAUAUCUUGUAGUGAUCAUAAUUCAUGAAACAUUGUUUCCCGUGUGUUGAGCAACCGUAACACGGAUUGACAUCAAAGGCUCUCUGGUGCCAUGCUGCAAAUUCAAUCUAAAAUGUCACGUGACGCUACUUCCGUUUCCAAUCCCUGUGUUUGCACAGACCUUGCUAAAUCAUUCACUGCAUUACCACAAACCACCAUACAAUGUUGCUAUGCAAAUAGUAUAAAUACAUGUACAUGUAUGUAGUAUAGUUAUAAAUAAGAAGAGCAAUGAUGGCUUCUAGAACUAGACUAUGGGAACUCAUAGAACACUGGGGAUCUACCAAUUAACGCUUUAUGCUGAGACUUGCAUGCUGUUCAGCCUUCACACUGCUUUCCAUACAUGCAGUGGACAGAUUAGUAGCUAUACAGGUAUAUCUGCUGGUAUGUGCAAGCUAGUCCCAGCCCAUUCUCUACUUCAAAUCCUUACCAUAAUUUGUAUGUGAGUUUCCAUACCACCAAGAGUAGAUAAGAGCAUCUACCAUUGAUACCACCUUAUAGCGGGGAAUUGUCGAGGGUCUAAUUUUAUCUCACAGAAAAUAUUAGCCCUAAAAAGUACCAUACAAGUUCUGGAAGCCAUCAUUGCUCAGGAUGUUGUUAGAAUAGCAACAUUGUAUGGUGAUUUUGUGGUAAUGAUAAGAUUUUAGGAUUUGUAUACACAGGCUAUGCAAACAGCUGUAGUACUAUGAACUGUCCUUUGAAAUACCAUCUAAUGAUGUGUUUAGAGAUCAGUGAUUGCUUUUGGGCCCAAAUAUUCUAGUGUACUGUAGUACACGCCCACACACACACCGGCUCCCUGUUAGUCUAUAUACGCUAGGCUAUUCUAGUGCAUACCUCAGUAACAGAUACUAAUGGAUACCACUGCCUACCUGUAGAUUCCAACAGAUGAUUAUUAUAAGCCGUGUCUACAUGUACAGUCAUGUAUGUACUGUUACGUAUGUUCAGACGUUCAUUAAUUAAUGGAUCCCCACACACACACACACACACACACACACACACACACACACACCCACACACACACAGGAUGGUAUUCUGCCAACAGUGCACUUCACAAAGCACCCAGCUGCCCUCCUCAAAGAAGUUGGUCAGAGUCUGUGACAGCUGCUUCCUGGACUUGAACUGAACAUAAUUUACACACUUUGUUUUUGUAUAAUUAUACCUCAUUCAUUGUGUUGUCCUCAAGUGAUCAUUUGAUACAAUUAUUGACUGUGGUCUACAAUUUUAA